UGCGCGUCUCUCUGGUUUUUCCGCCUCCCUUGGUUUCCUCCCGUGGUGCCCCGCGCCCUCCUUUUCGGUCUGGUCCUGAGCAGGAUGGCCCCCGCAAAGAAAAGUGGCGAAAAGAAGAAAGGGCGAUCAGCCAUCAAUGAGGUGGUUACUCGGGAAUAUACUAUAAACAUUCACAAACGGAUCCAUGGCGUGGGCUUCAAAAAGCGGGCACCUCGUGCUCUAAAGGAGAUCCGUAAAUUUGCAAUGAAAGAAAUGGGGACUCCUGAUGUACGCAUUGACACCCGCUUAAACAAAGCUGUCUGGGCAAAAGGAAUAAGGAACGUUCCUUAUCGCAUCCGUGUGCGUUUGUCUCGAAAACGCAAUGAAGAUGAAGAUUCACCCAAUAAACUGUACACACUGGUUACGUACGUGCCCGUGACCACUUUCAAAAGUCUACAGACGGUCAAUGUGGAUGAAAACUAAACUUUUAUUACAAUAAAAAUUGUAAAAGUGAUCCUAACAA